AACGAAAAGAUAAACUUUAAAAAAAAGGAAAUAAUAUACAUAAAAAUGUCAUCCGAAGGAUACGAAAUUGAUAUACCUGUAGUCGAUGAAGACGACGCAAUGCUGAUCGAUGAAGACACUAAACCAGCAGUCAAACGAAAAGGUCGUGGUUUUGUAAACGAAUCGAAAGAGUCAAGAGAUGGAGUAAGAUCUGGGGAUAAGUAUGAUCAGUUUGAAUCUGCAGCAGAUGAUGAUGCUGCCAGUGGACGCGCUCAAAGAUCUGUUGAAGGAUGGAUUGUAUUAGUCGUAGGUCUUCAUGAAGAAACAACAGAAGACGAAAUUACGGAUAAAUUCGCAGAUUAUGGCGAAAUCAAGAAUUUACAUCUAAAUUUAGAUCGAAGGACGGGUUUUGUUAAGGGAUAUGCGUUAGUUGAAUAUGAAACAUUUAAAGAGGCAAAAAAUGCAAUUGAUGAAGUUAAUGGAACAAAGCUUCUUGGUUCUGUAUUACAUUGUGAUUUCGCUUUUAUAAGAGCACCUAUUGGAAGUGGAGGUGGUGGUACAUCAUCCGAGAGAGAUUCAAGAGAUCGGGCAUCUAAUAAAAAUAGAACGGGAGGUAGACGGCGUGGAAGAUCCUCUAGUCCAUCAAGAAGACAUUAAAAUUUAAUCAUAAAAAUUUUAUUCAUAAAAAAUACGAUCUAUAACAAAAACAAAACAUAUUUUAUCGGAGGUGAGUGAAAUUAGUCGCUUAUGGUACAUAAUGUAUCAAGAGCGUAUUGUAGCAAGUUGCAUUUAGUUUAUUUAUGUUAUUAAACCAUUUUCAUAAUUCAAAAAUAAAUAGAAAAGAAAGCAACAAUAAAU